AUGCGAGAUGGUCAUACCUAUCCCUUCCAUUUGGAGGGUGAACCUCAUCCGGAUGGCGAUAAUGGUGACCUCAAGUUCAUCAUUCGACAACAGACCCACCCCGUCUUCCAUCGUCGUGGGGAUGACCUCUACACAAAUGUUUCUAUUGGUCUUGUGGAUGCUCUGGUCGGCUUUCGGUUCGACCUGACGCACCUUGAUGGCCAUAAGGUAAAAAUUGAGCGAACUGAAAUCACUUGGCCGGGCUCAAUUUUGCGCAUUCCGAAAGAAGGCAUGCCGAACUUUGAGCGGAACAAUGUGCGUGGCUCACUGUUUGUCACCUUCGAUGUGGUUUUCCCUCGUAACCGGGCACUCAAAGAGGACGAGAAGGAGGCUGUAAUAAAGAUUUUCGGUUCGUCCAAAUCCGCCACUGAAAAGGUAACCUACGGGACUCCCAAAAGUGCUCCUGCCGGUCUUUCGGAGGGUCUCGCAGCCCCAGUCGUCUACAAUGGCUUCGUGUCCGUGGGCGUUGCCAAGCUCCUGCCCACUUCUCUUCACUAA